UCCAGUUAACACAGGAGUUAACCAGAAGUGAUGCUCAGUGCGUGUAAUGUUAUAGGGAGGAGGUGGGGGACAUCGCUGCAAAGGUUUUCACAGAGUUAACCCAUCACAACAGAUCUCCGACAAGUAAAUUUCCUCAGUUUGGAUUUUUUUUUUUUUGGGUGUUGCUUGCCUUCUGCUGAUCUGGAGUAUUUUCUGCUUCCCCCGAUGACUUCCUCUAUCUCGGAUUGGGUUUGGAGUGAGAGAUUCUGGCUUCCCGAAAAUGUUUCAUGGGCGGACCUGGAGCAUCCACCACCUGGUGUGGAGUACCCCCGAGUGGGACACAUACUGUACGCCCUGCCCCUGGCUGUCGGAGUUUUCUUACUGAGGCUGCUUUUUGAAAGGCUAGUCGCCAAGCCCUGUGCCCACAUACUUCAGAUUCAGGCGGGAGUGCCUCGGCAAGCUCAACCCAAUGCUGUCCUGGAGAGACUGCAUCAGUCAAAAACGUGUCCAGACACGAGGCAACUGGAGGGACUCUCCAAGCAGCUGGACUGGGAUGUACGGAAAAUACAGAGAUGGUUUCGCAUCCGCCGGAACCAAGACAGGCCCAGUACGCAGAAAAAGUUCUGUGAGAGCAUGUGGCGAUUAACAUUUUACCUGGGGAUUUUUAUCUAUGCCAUUCGCCACUUGUGGGUGUCACCUUGGAUGUGGGAUACCAGACAUUGUUGGCACAACUAUCCUUUUCAGCCUAUGAGUCCUGGACAGUACAACCACUAUGUAGCUGAGCUGGCUUUCUAUUGGUCUCUGAUGUUUUCUCAGUUCACAGACAUUAAACGUAAGGAUUUCAUCAUCAUGCUUGUCCACCACCUGGCCACCAUAAUCCUCAUCACAUUCUCUUAUGCCAACAACAUGCUAAGAGCUGGCACUUUGGUCAUGUGUGUGCACGAUGCAUCCGACAUUUUCCUUGAGGCAGCCAAACUGGCCAACUAUGCCAAGUACCAGAGGCUGUGUGAUGGCCUGUUUGUGGUGUUCAGCAUAAGCUUUUUCCUCACUCGACUUGUCAUCUAUCCUUUCUGGAUUGUUUACAGCGUUCUGUUUGAGAGCUGGGAGAUUGUUGGGCCGUACCAGGCCUGGUGGCUGUUAAAUGGAUUGCUGCUGGUGCUGCAGACUCUUCACAUCAUUUGGUUCUACCUCAUCACUCGUAUUGCCAUCAAAGCCAUAUUCAAGGGAAAGGUGUCAAAAGACGACCGCAGUGACAUCGAGAGCAGCUCGGAUGAAGAGAUUUACUCCACUUGCAGUAAAAAUCCCAGUCAGGCCCUAAACACAAAGGGCAGCAGUCACACUGGUAACCUUAAUGGAGAAACUCAUGACCACUGAGUACCAAGAGGAUGAUACUGACUUCCAGUGUGGCUUUCAUUCACCUCCUGAGUGCCUGUGAGACCCACCUCAUCGCCUGACCUCCUGAAAAGACUUUAACUUUUUUUUUUCUUUUCUUAGUUAUUCAAGUGGAUACACGGUAACUCCAUGUGUGGAAUACAGACUUAGCACUGUGUUAGGUUUACACUGUGUGAGGUUUACUCCUGCUUUUUGCUUAAAGAAGUAGACGGAGAAAUGUGUGUGGUCCGUCUGCACUUUGCUGUGUGCGUGUGUGUUUUCUCAAAGCUUCAACAAAACUGCAACAAGCGUGCAACAGUGCGUAUCUACACCGUUGCUGUCAAAACCCAUUUUAUACGUGGAUAGAGAUUUUAUUAGUGAAGUGCUUACUCUCCUAAGCUUAGAAAUUCCAAAUGCCUAAUAUCUCUAUUUAAAAUGCCAAAGAUUUCUUAAUAAAAUUUGAUUGCAUCAA